AUCAUAUGCCUACCUUUUUGUUCUCUUCUAAGCUUCUAGCUUCUACCAAAAAAGUGUAUCAUGAUUCAAUGAAAAGGAGUUCUGCAAAUCACAUCCUUCGACUACAAAGGGGCUUCAUGUGCACGUCACACUGAUUUAAUUCUUACAAACUAUUUGCAAGUUAAUCCAUUGAUUUAUUGUUUUAUUUGCCUAGAUUACAUUUUUUACCUGAAAAUUAAUCUUCUGAAUCUCAACGAAAUUCAACAGUCUAGAAUCAAAAUGAAGACCUGCAUCUUCUUAUUGGCUUUUGCACUGUGUAGAAUCUGGACUUUUCCACCGUGCAGAAUCUGUACUUUUCCACCAUAUGAAUGAGAUUAGAAUUCAAAUAUUGAAACCUUCUUAUUUCUUUCUCUUUUAGUCAAAUCAGCUUUAUGGGUUUAAUGCUGUGUAGAACUUUGUUUGACAGGUAUUAUUAGGAAGACAAGAACAGUCAUGGAAUGCCUGCAUCGCUUUUGUAGAGAGUGCAUUGACAAAUCCAUGCGCCUGGGGAACAACGAAUGUCCUGCUUGCCGCACACAUUGUGCUAGUCGUCGUUCUUUGAGAGAUGACCCAAACUAUGAUGCCCUAAUUGCUGCUUUGUAUCCAGACAUUGAUAAAUUUGAGGAGGAGGAAUUUGCUUUUCAUGAAGAGGAGAAGGCUCGCAAUAAGCAGAUCCAAGCUUCAAUUGCCCAGACUUUGCGACGACAGUCAGAAGCAUUGGGAAAGAAACGGACAUCAGCCAGAGCGACAGCACUAAGAUUUUUCAGGGAACAGGGCACUUAUAGAAACUUGAGGGGCCGAAGAAAUCCUCGGGUUGUUGAGCAUCAAGGAUCUGAUGAGGAGGAGGAUGCUAAUGGACAUGAUGGUGGCAAAGACUCAUCUUCUGCUGAUGAACGCAGCACAGAAGUGAAACCAAAACGCCACAAAAGACGUGUCAAUGCUCGCGAUUUGCAGUUUUCAGCAGGAGGCAAUGCUGAUGCAGGUUAUGAUGAAAAUGAUUCAGAACUGAACAGAGAGUUAACAGGUGCUUUGGCUGGCCUUGUUGGGAGUUCAGAAAUUCGUGCCUGGGGAAAAAAUGGCAUGCGCAGUCACACCCGCCGUGGCAGUCUCAAUGGGGCCAGUGGCAAGCUGGCCAGGAAUAGCCAACUUCGAAAGCUAAUUGAUCAUCUCCGAUGUUCAGAUGAAAAUUAUGAGGCGUUAAAUAUCAAUCUUAUGCUUGUUUCAUUGUAUGAGGAGAAAAUUCCGAGCCUGCAGCGGCCUUACCUUUGCUGUAGCCAUACAUUGUCAGUUGGACACUUAUGCCAGUAUGUCGCUAGGCAGACAUCCAUGGUAGCUAGUGAAAUUGAGAUGUUUUUAAUAAAAGACUUUCAUCCUACAACCAGCUAUUCAAUCUGCCAAAAAGAAUCCAAUAAUAAAAAUCUCUGCAACAAUGAGUUACAAAUGUUGACAGAGCAUCAGACCUUGGAGGAAAUUCAUGCCAGUUUUACCCAGCGAAAUCUGGUUUUGGCAUACAAACAAAAGGUGGAAAGUGCAGGAAACUGACAAUGACAUGAUGAAGGUGGCAUCUUUUCUUUGUAAAGGAAGUGUUGCAAAUAUGACGCUGGAGGAAGUUCUAUCCAUUUACAUUUCAUGAAAUUAAUGUGCUUUCUGUGUAUUGAUGUUUAAGUUAAAUGGUUUUAGAAGUUGAAAACUAUACGCACAUGAGCAACUAGACGCAACAGGAGUUGAUGAAGGCGUCAACUACAUUGUCCUGAAACUCGAUCUGUUUAAUCAAUUUAUACAGACGUGUUCUAGGUGAAUUUCGAAGUUAUCAAAUAUUUUCCUUUUAAAUGUGUAUUAUCUUGUAGUGAGUUC